AUGAUAUAUUUGACAAAUUUAAGAAGUGAUGAUCUCCUUUUUAAAUAUCAUGAUGCAGAAUUCGUACUAAAUAAUUAUAGAAGCAGCCAUAUUUUUUUAAGUAAUACAUGUAAACUUAAUGGAUCUUUAUAUGAUUUAAUAGAAACUAAUAGGGACAAAAAAUAUAUAAAUGCUUAUUUAUCAUGCUUACACGAAAAUAGACACAUUUUUUACAACGAAUACAAUACUCCUCAAAAUGAUGAUAAUAUUAACCAAGGUAAUAAAAGAAAACUGCAAUAUAAUAAUAAUUUUAAUAAUUAUAAUCCCAAUCUUACAGGCUUAUAUAAAGACAAACCCAAUUGUGAUCAUAUCAGAAAUCAUAAGAUCGUGAAUCGCAAUACUAUUUAUAAUAAAAUAAUAAUUAAAAAAAUUAUAGCAAAUAAAUAUAAGAAAAAUAUAAAACACACUAUGCUUCGAAAUAAAAGAAAAAUUUCACAAAAAUAUAUUAUAUCAAAUAAUGUAAAUAGCAUUAUAUUAUAUUCAUCAAUAUUCCCAUAUGGUAAACAAAAUGAAAUUAACAAAUUAUAUAAUAUAUAUAUAAAACUUAAUAUAAAUCAAUCCAAUUUAUUUUAUUUGAAAGAAAAAAUAAUGCAAGAUAUAAAAUAUUACUUUAACCAAUGUAUAUAUAAUGAUUAUCGAUUAAAUACUUUACUCCAUAGUUUAUUAUACAAUGAUGAAUAUAUAAAAUGUAUUCAAAAAAUUAAUUUUAGAGAAUGUGAUAGUGUUAAAAAUACUGAAUUUAUUCAAUUUCAAAGAAAAACUAUGCGUGUAAUAAAAAUACAAAAAAAAAAAAAACUAUGUAAUUUAUUUUAUAAACGAAUAUAUAUUAAUAAAAUACCAAAUAAUGUUGAAGAAUAUGUCAAAUUGCUUCAGCACAUUAUUGUGUUGUACUUUUUUAUUAUUUACCAUGUCAAUUAUAUUAAAUAUUUAAAAAUAAUUAACCGAUUAUAUAUUUAUUUCUUAAUUUUUAUAAAUAUAGUCUCUCAUACCAACUUUGAUGAUACUAACUACAGAUUCAAGAUUAAAAUGAAUUAUAAUAAAAAAAUUUUGAUUGUUAAAAAACCAGAAUAUUUAAAUGUUUUCAUCUAUCAAUUAUAUGAAUUUUGCUCAAAAUUAUGUGCUAUACAUAAUACCAUUUAUAUAAUAUUCUUAAACAAAUUUUGUGAUAUCCCAAAUAUUGGAUAUAAAAAAAUUGUGCCUUUAUGUAUUAUUAUUGUUAUUUCCCCUUUUUAUCUUAGUAUUGAGAUACAAGAAAUAAUAAUAAUAUUAGUUAUUUUUAAUAAAAUUUUAUUAAAAGACAAUGUGAAAAACAAUAAAUUAUCAUCAUAUGUAAACUCCUAUGAAGUCGACAAAACAUAUUUUAUGAUAUUUAAUUUUUGUAGAAUAAUUAAUAUUUCCUAUGAUUAUGCCUAUUUGUGUAUUAUUCAUGUGAAUCCGCUAUUUCAAAUACACCUUAAUAAUAGCACAUAUGAUAUAAAAUAUUUCCAUGGACUUAUAUCAUUCAUCUCAAAAUAUAAUAAUAUCCAUGCUCUCUUAGAUAUUUACCAUAUCAUCAUAAUUUGUACUCUCAAAAAUAUUAAAUUGUUUUCCAGACAUAUAAUACUAUCAAAAAACAGUUUUUUUAAUUUUAGAAUAAUUUUAUACUAUACAUGUUCAACUGAAUACAUAUAUGAAUAUAUCAUCGUAUUGCAUCUCGAAAAUGUCCUUAUUAUCCUUCUAACAUGUAAUUUGCGAAAUAUAUGGUUGCAAACAAUAAUGCCAAUUUUAGGAAGAUGCGCAAAUGAAAAAAUCCAAAUUAUAAUUCUUUAUAUUAAUUCUAAGCUAUCCAAAAAUAUAGAAAAUUGUAGUAAACAUGAGCUAGUAAAAAUACACUUUAUUUCAAAUAAUAUAUGUUUCAUACGCGAAAAUGUAGUAAACUAUCUAUACUACAAUGUCCAUAAGCAAUUUUUAUAUUAUCUAAUAAAUUGGAAAAUAUAUUUUACAGUAUUCGAAUGCUUUAAAUUCUUUCAAAAUCAUAUUUUUAGCAUAAAAUUACUUGAGGAAAAAGAAAAAAGCAUUCAUACAAAAAUUAUAUUAAGAAAAUUACUAAAAAAAUCAAAAAAUUAUAAGAAAACGAAGCAUCAUAUUAUUUAUAUGUUAUUACUAUUCUUUAUAUAUUUUUAUAAAGUUAUAAAAUCAAAUUUAUUUUUAUUUAUUGAUGGAAUCAAAAAAUACACAAUUUCAGAAUUGCUAUAUCCAUUAUUUGUUGUAAUGCAGUAUUUAUACAAAUUUUUACAUAUCAAAAAUGUUUUUUAUUUAGCAGAAAAAUGUUUUUAUAUAUUUUUGAAUAAUAAAAUAAGUCAUGGAAUCUUUUAUUAUACCAUUAUAAAACGCAUUUGUUUUCAAAAUUAUAAUAUGGAAAAUGUUGUCUUAUAUAAGAUACUAAAUUUAUUUAUAUACCAAUUUUGUAUUUUAGGUAAUAUACUUAUCAAAUUAUUAAAAAAUAUAAUCCUGUUUCGUAACGAAAAAAAUGAUAUCCAUAUGAUGAUCAAGGGGGAAAGAAAUUUUCAUCAAGAAAACGUUUUUUUUUGUAGUAAAUGUAAUAAUGCCAAUAUGAUUAAAAAAUUAAUGUGUGCAAAUAAUUUGAAAUAUUUCUAUAUUUUAAAAAAAAAAAAAAUUAUAAAUAUUGCUAAACAUUCUAAAACAAAUAAUAUUAUCACCACAUUUAAUAAAUGUAUUACUAAAAAGUUUAAUCAUGAUAAAGCUUGUUUCAAUUGUGUAUUUUCUUUUUUCCCUAAGAUUUUCGGCAAACCAUGUAGAAUUUAUAUGCACAUUUAUAAUAUGUUUUUAAAACGUCAAAUAAAUAAAAACAAUUUUUAUAAAUAUGCAGGCAUUUUAAAUAAUAAUAGUCAAAAUAGUUUUGGCUAUCGUGAAAGUAAUAAUAUAACAUGUUCAAAUAAUAAUGAAAAAGAAAACAAUCAUAGUACUAAGCACACAGAAGAUAGUAAAAAAGAGGAAAGGCACACUUAUAAAAAUAAUAAUAAUAAGAAUAGGUCAAAUAAUUAUGAGCGAACUAAUGAAGGAAAUAUUGGAAAUAGUAAUAGAAACAAUGAUGAUAAUAAUGAUGACGAAAAAAGGAAAGAUAAUAACAAAGAAACGAACAAAGAGAACAGUUGCAGGAAAAAAAAAAAAAAAAAAAUAAAUAAUAAUAAACUAAACUACAGUAUUUGUAAAAAUAACAAUAAUAAAAAAUUAAAAACGAACAAAAUAGUGGCGCUUAAAUCUAAGAGCAAUACACAAAGAAAAACAAAAUUUACCAAAACAAAUCACAUGCAUAAAAAAAAUGAAACCCUAAUGGAGUAUGAUAAAGUAAAAAUAGGCAAUGUAGUAAAUACUAAAAAUACAUUUAUUGGUAACCAACACGAGGAAGACAGUAAAAAAAAUAUCGUGGCAUGGGCUGUUCCAAAAUAUAAUCCACGAAUUUUUUCAGAAAAUGAAAAUGAUAAUAUAACCACUAAUUGUAAUCCAUUAAACAAAUAUUUAAACCAUUUAAAAAACAUAAAUUAUGAUAUAAAAUUUGGAAAUGCAUACAUAAAAUUAAGAAAAAAAUUAAGUUUGCAAAAUAAGUGUCAAUUUGAAAUAUAUGAAGCGGAAAUUGUUGCAAUUGAUAAUAUUUGUAACAUGUUUUGUCCAUACGUUCAAAAUUUUGAAAAAUUUUAUCAUUUACUAAAAAGAAAUAUAAAUAACUAUGAUUUUUUAAAAUCAAAAAUGCUUGAAACGAAAGAUGUAAAAGAUCUUGAUAUUAAUAAAGAUAACAUAAAUGAUUUUAUUCAAACAAGUAAAGACUAUGAUUUAAUUAUUGAUUAUUUUAUUAAUAACAAUUUCUUAAAGAAUCAAAAUCUCAAAUCUGGGAUCGAAAAUGGAAACAAUUAUAUAUUUCCAACAAAUACCAGUACAAUCAAAUCAAUGGUUGAUGAUUAUGUAUAUCCUUUAUCGGAAGAAACGCAGAAAAAUUCAAUAGAAAUGAAUAAUUCAUUUCAAACUUAUAAUAAUGAUAAUAUUAAUUUGAAAAGACAAAAAAUAUCGAUUAGUAAUAACCUUUUAGAAAAAAACCCAGAUAAUAGUACCCAUAGGAACAAUUGCAUCAGCUCCAUUAACAGUAAUAAUCGCAAUAUCAUUUCCCAGGAUAAAAACAAAGAUAAUAUAAUUAACAACGACAAUACUAUAAAUUCAAAUAAUAUGCAUAAUUCUAUAAUUAUAAAUAUUGAAAAAAAAAAAAAAAACAAUGAAGAUAGCAAUGUUCCACUGAAUACAUGUAUUCGAAAUACAUCAAAAAGGAACUUUCAUAAUGUAGCACCAAGCAAACAAAUAUAUAAUGAAAAUAGAAAUAUAUUAAUUAACAAGAAUUCAAAUAUCACAUAUUCUAUUAUUAAAAAGGAAGAAAAUCAUAUUAAUAGCAAACAAUAUAUCAACAAUAAUAGUAGUUGCAGUAGUAAGACAAAAUUACUUUACAACAAUAUUCAUACUAUUUCAGGACACUAUACUAGAAGUAAUAAAGAGAAAACUGAUUAUGAAAUAAUACCGAAUAAUGAGGAUAACGAAAAAGAUUAUAAAUACAGUAAUAAAGAAAGCAGCGAAAUGUUUAAUGGUAAUAAAGAUGACCCCAUUAGUUUAUUACUGAAAAGAGAAAUUCUAUGCAAACAUUUAAUUAAUGAAGUUAAAAAAAUAAGCUUUCUAAAAAAAUUUGGAUAUAAAUCUCUAUAUGACAUACUAAAAGAAAGAUUCAAAAAAUAUAUACAAACUAACAUGAACAUAGAAUCACGUAUAAUCUAUAAUAUAAUCAAACAUAUAAGUAAAUAUAUAAACAUUAAUGAAGUUAUAAACAAUCCAUUUUAUAUUUAUCAAAAUUCGAUAAAAAAUAUUCCUAAUAAUAAAUUUGCAAUUAAAAUAUUAAAUAUUAAUGCCUGUAAUAUACAUAAAUUAAAAUAUAAAAUACACAGUUUAUUAUCCGAGGGGAAACAACUUAAAAAGGUCAAUAUGGAAAUUACUAAUUAUAAAAGAAAAAAAAAAAAUGAGCGAAAUAUUUGCCUAUCGCACGAAGAAAGUUUAACAUCUUAUGAAAUAAAAAAAAAAAAACAUUUAAUACUUUCUAAAAAUGACUUUGAUUUUGAUAUUAUGCUAUACACACAUUGCAAUUCCCAUUUGCCUAAUGAUAAACAAGCACGUUUAUCAAAAAAGCACCCAAUAAUCGGCAAUAAUGUUUAUAGCCAUAAUUCUAUACCUAAAAUUAUAGAUAUAAACAAAAAAAAAUUGUAUACAAAAUCGUCAUCAAAUUAUAUUGACAAUGUUAACAAUGAAAACUAUCCUAACGUUUUAUUGUCUAAUGAAAAUUUUAUUACUAAUGAAAAGUAUCAAACAAAAACUAUGGGUCAAGACUCCUUAAAAAAUCAUGAAAAAAAUAUUCACCAUAUCAAUAUAAUGAGCAGUAAUAUUAAUCAUAAUAGUAGUAACGCUAUUAUUAAUGCCAUUAAUAUUGAUAUAAGCAAUAUUGAAAGAAAUUUUAAUAGUAUGCUUAAUUGUAGUAUUAACAAUCAAAUUAGCUAUACCAACCCUAGUCAGGAUAAUGAUACAAGUAUAGAGAACAAUAAUUGCUCUUAUUUUUGUUGCAAAUAUUGCCUAAAUAUCUAUUAUGAUAAUCGUAUUAUUAACACAUGCAAAUUGAAUCAGGAAACAUUUGAUAACAAUGUGCUCAAUAGUCGUUGGAAAAUGUGUAAUGAUAAUAUAAUCAAUGAAAAUGACAUACACGAAAGUUUAAGGAAAAAAUAUAUGACCAUUUCAAAUAAAAGUAAAAUGGAAAAAAAUACUAAAAAAAUCAAAUUCCAAAACAAGUUAAAAAUAGUGAAUAUGACUAAUGUUAGGAAAAAAAAAGUGGAAAGGAAAGAUACUCAAGAAGCCAACACAAAUCGAAACCGUGUUUCAUCCAAUAAAAAUAUUAAUUGUGCAAAACUCGGAAAUAAUAUUAAAAAAAAUAAUAUAAUUAAAAAAGAAAGCAAUAAUACUUCCAAAAAUGUAAAAGAGUCACAAUUAAAGCUGAAAAGCAUUAUUAUUAACAAAAAAACAAGCAAACAGGCAAAUAUACACACUAAUAUUUUAAAAACAAAGGAUGAAGAAAUAUAUGAAAAGAAUAAAAAUAAUUAUAUACAAGAUUAUGCUAAAGACAAAUUUGUUAAUGAAAAAAAACAAAUGGAAGGACCAAAAAAAAAAAAAUUAAAAAAUAUUAUUUCAAAAAAUGCUUUACCAUACUCCAGUCUAGAAUCAGCAUUACAAAAGGAGAUAUUACCAUUCAAUUCAGGUGCGAAAAAUGAAAAUUAUUUAGAACUUAAAAAAUCAUUUAAUGAUUGUUAUAUUCCACGCAAUUCACUCAAAUUGAAUACCAAUAGUUUCAAAAAUAUUGAACUUAAAGUUUGUAAAAACUGUGAAGAAAGAAAUUUAGAAAAUGAAAAUUCCUCAACAAAAAAAAAAAAAUAUAAUAAGUGUAUAUAUAUGAAUGCAAUACCAAAAUUUUUGUGGUCUUCAGUUGGAACUACAAAAAAUAACGAACAUGUUCUAGGUGUAGCAAUGCAAAUGAUUGAAGGAUGCACACUAACAUAUAUUAUACAAAAACUCAAAGGCACCGAAAAUAUAAAUUAUGGAUUAUUUUUAUUAGAUAUUUGUAAAAAGUUGGUUAAACGUUUAAUGCUGAUAAGUGAAUCUAUUGACAAUCCUAUAAUUAAUUGGGAUACAAAACCAGGAAACAUUAUGGUAGAAUAUAAACUUUCAAAGUCAAAAAUUAUAUGCAAAAACGUUACUAUAAUAGAUAUAGGAGAUGCAUUACCAGGAAGAUGUUUUUUCUUUCCAACCAAUCCAUCAUAUUAUGAAAAAAUAAAAAUUAAUAACGCAAAUAAAAAUUUUAACUUUUUAUAUUAUGUUAUUUGUACAAAAGGCUAUUGUUCUCCUGAAUGUGCAUUGUUAGUCUUUUUGUUAUCUUCCUUAAAUAAAUCUGAUCAAUUUAGGAAAACAUGGUAUGGCCCAGAUUCAAAUAUUUAUCAUAUUAACAAAACGAAACAAUUAAGAAUCAAACACAGAUGGAAAAAGUUGCUAGAUCUCCGUUUUAUUCAACCAAUUGUAAAAAGAAAGGAAAUAACAGAUUGUGAAAACCCAUUAAAUGCAAUAAUUAGAAAUUGUAAUUGUACUACUGGAACAAGUGGUAAUAAUGCAACCUCAUAUUUAAAUGAAAAUAUUCACAUUGAUUUGAGAGAAAUACAUUUGAGUUACGAGCAAAAUAAAAAUAUCACUGAUCAUAACAAUAAUGAUAACAUACAUAUUAGUAACCACAGCAUAAAUGAUACCAGUAAAUGUAACAGCAAAAAAAACAGUGAUAGUAGUAUUACUAAUAUAAAAACUGACUUUUCUGAAAAAAAUGACUUAAAUACAUAUAUAAUGUCCACAAACAAAAGCACAUAUCUUGCUGGAUGCAUGAACACAGAUUUUAACAAUAAUAAUAAUCAUGAUGAUAAAGAUUACAUUUCUUUAAGAGAACAAACUAAUGGUAAUAAUAUGCUGAGUGGAAAAAAAAUUUAUUUACCUAAUAAUAUUUAUGAUAAAAAAAACAAAUUGCAUCUUGAAUACCCUAUGAAAGAAAUUGAUGAAAAUAAAUUAGAACAUAAAAAUUCAGAUGAAUACCAAAAUGAUAUACUAAAAAAUUAUUAUUUGCAUAAUGUAUGUCCACACGAUAUCCCUGAUGAUAAUUUAAAAACUGAAUAUAUUGAUAAUGAUGAAAUAAUGGACUAUUUAAAUAAUAAAGAUUAUUUAUUAAAAAAAAUGGAAACUGACUUAAAUAAUUGUGAUAGAAAAGCACGAAGAAAAAAGGAAUAUGAUUAUUUAGAAAUGCAUCCAGUUGAUACUUGGGUUAUUAAAUUUACAACUCAAACAACGAUAUUUAGUGUCGGCCUAGUAUUAUGCCAAUUAUUCGGGGGAAAAAAUUUAUUAACUGUUGCCAAUAAAAAUGAAGUCAAGGUUGUUGAUUUGUUAUGCGAAUGGAAUUGUAAAAAUAGUACUAAUAUAUACUCCGGAGAAAAAAACAUUACUAUUAAUGAUCUAUUACCAAAUAAAGGAAUCUUUUCAAAUGAUAUAUGGAAGAAAAAAAUUGAUAAAAUUAUUAAAAAAUGUUUACAUUUCAUACCAUCACGACGAUAUUCAUUUCAACAAUUGUAUAAAGAUCUAAAAAUUCUAAAAAAGGAAUACGAAACAUAUUAUAAUUUAAAAGAUUCGUGA